CUGCCAGGCCCACAAAUCUAUUCCAACUUCGAGUCACCCCUUAAUACCACACCCUCCUCUGUCACCUUUAAAAUAACAUCAUUGUCUGGGGGUGAAUCUGAAUAUCCCACUCGGGGGUGUUCAUUGCAAAGAUAUAAUCUCAUUGUUCGCCAUGAUCCAUCUCGCUGAAAUAAGAUUUAGUUGUUUGUAAUCUACCAAAUCAGGUGGUCUCCUUUCUGUCUGGAAAAUAAAAUGUAUUCGAGAGGCUUUUCAAAAAUAAACCUUGUACAUCUUCAAUCUAGAGGAUUCUUUCACUGAAAACGAGGGCAGACUUCCCAGUGUUUGAGGGUUGCCCAGUUCUUUCUCACUCAAAUCAUUAGAAAUAAAAAAGUCAGUUUGGAGAAUUUGCUUAAGUAAAACCAGGAGUAGCUAGACAUGAAUGAGCCGAAACUGGAAGGAAAUCCCUUUGUUCAGUGUGGGUUUCAGUGAAUGCCCAGCGGGCGGCUAAACCAGUUCAUUAAGAGAGAAAAAGACGUGUUCUUAAAUGCUGUUCUCAGAUGCAAAUGCCUAGAAAAACAUAUUGUGACGGCGAAAACCCAUCCUGGGACUCAUACCCUCUAGACUCAUGAACUUUGGUGUUUGUUAUUAAUGAAUAAACAAACUUUCCAAAAAAUAUUUCCUCCUUAUUUAAAACAAUUAACUAACCCGUUUACCAUCUGCCAGUCUUCACCCCUAGAAAAAUGUGAUUCUUUUUGUUAUUCUGGAACUCGGAAACACUUAUCAUUAGGAAUGUUGAAUUUUAUGGGGUCAUUUUUAACCACAUACUUAAAAAAGAAUAAUUGACGUAUGAAAACCUAUUUUUCCUCUGCUUUAGAAAUCUAAAUUCUGACCUGAAACGCAGUCUGCAAGUCAUCCUGUCAAACUGAGAUGUGUUAUUUUUCCUGUCCCUUCUCUGCUUUAUUAAAUCGUCAUAUACUGCACACAGUUUUUCCCCAGCCCAGGCCUGCCUUGGGCUCUCUGUUGCAUUGUUAACUAUUUAAGCAUUAGACUGGCGCAGAGAUGGCAGGUGGGAAAAGCUGAAGGACUUGAUCUCCUCCCUGCCAGAGUUCUCCUCUUUCACGAGUGCUGCUUACAUUGAACAGCUUAAGAAUAAGCUCCUGUGUGAGCCCUCGGAGGCCAAGGAGUAUUGUUGAAUUCAGAAAGGAAUCGCUUUCUUUUUGUGAUAAUUUGAAUAUUUUGACAAUGAAGCUAAGCUACUUCACUGCCUGGUUUGCGUACCUCGCGUUAUGUGCACCCUUUCCUGGGAAGCAGAAGAACCCUGCCUCUCUGAAUACAUAAGUUGGUAUUGUCAAUUUGUGAGAUGGGUAGGCCCAAAGGAAGAAUCAUCCGGAAGAAUUUUACUCUUUUGCUUUAAAGUUUAAAGCUCUUUGAAAAAAAAAAAAUUAUAGAAGCCUUUGGAGACCACCCAAUUAAACCACCACACUAAAUGUUGAGCAUUUUGAGAAAGGAGAUGGACCAUGAAGGUGAUUUGUAAAGUGUUUAUACAAGCAAAACAAGGAAUAUGUUGGAAACAAAUUCUCUGAAUGACUCAGACAAUCUGCUCACCUCCAGUUUUUUCCUGUAUUGUGAUGCAUUCUUUUUAAGACAUUAGUUGUCCAAAAAUUGACUUGAUUUUUCCGUUUUUAACUUAAAAGGAUGUUCUUAUACAAAAUAAAUGGGCAAAUUUAUUUUUGAUCAAAUUAACAGAAGAAAACAGGCAAGUGAAUAAAUAACUUAAGUGAGAUAUUAACUGGCUUUGUUCCAUAACAGAUUUGCCUAUUUACUAGUUAAGAAAAUCCUGAAAAGCUUUCCCUGUAAGAGGAUCGAUGAUGGGUUAGAAUAGUCUUGGUAGGAAGAAGCCAAGUUUGAUAAUUACUUGGUGAAUGGAAAUGCUGGUUUCCAAUUGCUCACCAGGGUUCAGUGGCACAAAGCUGGCUAUAGACUUGGCUUCUGAAGACUUGGUAAAAACGUAAAUUCUUGGGGUCCCAGUGAUGCUGUUUUAGCCUGCACUGAUUUGCCCUGUGGCCGCUUGGGAAUCUGUAUUUUUAAAAGGCUUCUGUGCUAAUUCUAAUGCAUAGCCAGGUUUGUAAGCAUUUAACUCAGUAUUCAACUUGGAGACUUCAACUAUCUUGGACUGCAUAUUUUCUAAAUCUAUAUGUUUAUAUGAAGCCCCUUUGUUGAGUGCCAACUGGUUAUUUGCGGACUUUCUUUCAAUUCAGAAUUUGUUUUAGGUUCUGUUAUUGCAUAGAUUUGCAUACCUGUUUUAUGGCAUUUUAAUACUGUUGGUUUAAAAAAAUAUCAUUUCCUCUGAGUGCUGUUUUGAAUAUUUUAUGUAAGCAAUUUCAUGUGUUCUUUUUUACCACUUGCAGAAAGCAGGGGAGAAGUUGAGAGUUUUUCUUAAUCCCGUGCAAGUAGGACAAAGGAUAUGAGUACUUAAAGAUCAUCUAGUAAAAUGCAUGAAAAACACACUAGAAAAUCUCCUCUGGACAUCACCAGUUGUGUGUGUGCUCUAGACGUGAAGCUCAGGGUAUAGCACAAUGAGGGAAUGUUUUCCUAGCUUCAUUCACUGACGAUGUGCAAGGUCUCUUCUCACAGGUUUGAAUCUUCAGACAAACUUCUGGGAGGACUUGGUACCUGCCUCACUGCUGCUGUUUCCUGUCACUCAGUAGCAAUCCGGGGACCCACGACAUGUCCCAGCUAUAGUGAUGCUCAUUACCUUUCUGCUCCUGAAUCGCACCUGUGCCUCAGACUUUCUUUCCCAAGCUUGAGACUGCAUAUAAACUGGGAUGUGUGAAAGCAGGAAACAAAGCUAGUGACAGCUGAGAGGCCCAUGUCUGGGUAGAACCAGGUCCACGAUGCUGCCUCUCCCGUGGUCGGGAGUUCAGCUGCAGGGGCUCUGCUGAUGUGCCAGCACCAUCCUUCUGUUUGUGCUUAAAUGGCACAGCGUUUGGUCAGCACAUCUGAAAAGAAAGUUGUGAGAAGCAAAGCCCAUGGCCACGUUUCCCUGCCAAUUAUGUGGCAAGACCUUCCUCACCCUGGAGAAGUUCACGAUUCACAAUUAUUCCCACUCCAGGGAGCGGCCGUACAAGUGCUUGCAGCCUGAUUGUGGCAAAGCCUUUGUUUCCAGAUAUAAAUUGAUGAGGCACAUGGCGACCCAUUCUCCUCAGAAAUCUCACCGGUGCGUUUACUGUGGGAAGACAUUCAACCGGAAAGAUCACCUGAAAAACCACCUCCAGACCCACGACCCCAACAAAAUGGCCUAUGGGUGUGAUGAGUGCGGGAAGAAGUAUCACACCCUGCUGGGCUAUAAGAGGCACCUGGCCCUGCAUGCGGCCAGCAGUGGCGACCUCACCUGUGGGGUCUGUGCCCUGGAGCUAGGGAGCACCGAGGUGCUGCUGGAUCACCUCAAAUCCCAUGCAGAAGAGAAGCCCCCUAGUGGAACCAAGGAAAAGAAGCACCAAUGCGACCACUGCGAAAGAUGCUUCUACACCCGGAAGGAUGUGCGACGCCACUUGGUGGUCCACACAGGAUGCAAGGACUUCCUGUGCCAGUUCUGUGCCCAGAGAUUUGGGCGCAAGGAUCACCUCACCCGGCAUACCAAGAAGACCCACUCACAGGAGCUGAUGAAAGAGAGCCUGCAGAACGGAGACCUUCUGAGCACCUUCCAUACCAUCUCGCCUUCAUUCCAACUGAAGGCUGCUGCCUUGUCUCCUUUCUCUUUAGGAGCUUCUGCCCAGAACGGGCUUGCAAGUAGCUUGCCACCUGAGGUCCAUAGCCUCACCUUUGGGCCCCCAGAACAAGCUGCCCAGCCUAUGCAGCCGCUGCCAGAGUCCCUGGCCUCCCUCCAUCCCUCGGUAGCCCCUGGCUCUCCUCCACCUCCCCUUCCCAAUCACAAGUAUGCCACCACUUCUACCUCAUAUGCCCCACUUGCAAGCCUGCCCCUCAAGGCAGAUACUAAAGGUUUUUGCAAUAUCAGUUUGUUUGAGGACUUGCCUCUGCAAGAGCCUCAGUCACCUCAAAAGCUCAACCCAGGUUUUGAUCUGGCUAAGGGCAAUGCUGGUAAAAUAAGCCUGCCCAAGGAGCUGCCUGCAGAUGCUGUGAACCUAACAAUACCUGCCUCUCUGGACCUGUCCCCACUGUUGAGCUUCUGGCAGCUGCCCCCGCCUGCUACCCAAAAUACCUUUGGGAAUAGCACUCUCCCCCUGGGGCCUGGGGAAUCUCUGCCCCACAGAUUAAGUUGUCUGGGGCAGCAGCAGCAGGAACCCCAAAUUGCUGUGGGCACUGUGAGCCUGGGUCAGCUCCCCCUGCCCCCCAUCCCCCAUGUGUUCUCAGCUGGCACUGGCUCUGCCAUCCUGCCUCAUUUCCAUCAUGCAUUCAGAUAACUGAUUUCUAAAGUGUAUUUUUCGUAUUCUGGAAGUUGUUUUGAGAAGCGUUUUAAAUGUCAGUUACAACACGAGAAAGAUUUGGAAAACAGGACUGGGACUAUGGCUUAUUCAGUGAUGACUGGCUUGAGAUGAGAGAAUUCUCAAACUGCAUGUAUUGUGCCAAUCUGUCUUGAGUGUUCAUGCUUUGUACCAAAUUUAACGAAUGCGUGUUCUGUAAUCAAACUGCAAAUAUUGUCAUAACCAACAUCCAAAAUGACGGCUGCUAUAUAUAAGUGUUUGUCAUAUGGAAUUUAUUGUAAGCCAUGCUCAUCAUAAUGUUAACUAAAUAACUUUGUGUGGCACUGCCUAGUAAGGGAACUAUGGAAAGGUGUGGAUUUCUCCAAAUUGGGAGAAUUUUAAAAAUAAGAAAAUAACCUUUAUAUGGCAUAUUAUAACUAGGCUGUGUAUUUCUUUUCAGGGAUUUUUCUACCUUCAGGGUUGGAUGUAGUUUAGUUACUAUUACCAUAGCCAACCUGUAGUUUUGCAUAUACAAUUUCUUGUGGAGCAAUAGAGUUCUCCAUUUUACAGAAGCAUUUUAAAUGUAGUCUGAAUAUUUUUCACAAGAUGCUGCAAUGUAAGUUAUCACUUCAUUUAUCUUAAAGACAAAACUGGUUGUCAGUUACAUCUGACAGAAAAAAAAAUCACUGUGUAACCAGGUUAAGUGGUAAAAUAAUCCAGGCGUCAGUCAAAGGCAUUUUGCUGACUAUAAUAUUGAUUAUAUUUUUAACAGGAAUUUAAGAAAAUAUUACUGGAAUUAAAUAUAUAUAUAUAUAUAUUAAGAAUUUUCUUUGCUCUGUCUAGCUUAAACUACUACUCAAGCUGCCUAAGUUCUUAAGUAUUGUUUUUAAUCACCAAUAAAUAAGUGCUUUUGUAAUUCAUCAGUUUAAGUCAUUAUUAGCUUUUAUUCAAAGAAGAUUAUGUUUUACAAUGUAACUAUAAUCUCUUUAAUUUGCUAUCGUAUUAAUGAGUUUUAAAGAUGUAACACUUAACCUUUUUUAAAGCUCCAUUAUCUUUUGUUUUUAGAGGCUUUUUCCAUAAACAUAUAUCUUGCAUUUAAUAAAGUUUUCAAAUCGUGCAA